AUCGUGGAGAUGUGCGUGCAUAUGUGCUGCGCCGGGUGCGAAAAGAAGAUCAGGAAGGCGGUGGAAAAGUUAGAAGGAGUGGACGAGGUGGAGAUCGACAUGGAGAUGCAGAAGGUGACGGUGAACGGGGACGUGGAGCAGAAGAAGGUGCUCAAGGCGGUACGGAGGACGGGCAAGCGCGCCGUGCUCUGGCCGACGGCGCCGUACAUCGCCGCCGGCGUCGCGGGCAGCGCCGUCCAGCUCCUCGCGCAGCACCAGCUCCAGCACCACCCGGGCGGGGCCCAGACGUACGCGGCGGGGCCCACAUCCUCGUACAACUACUACAAGCACGGCUACGACGACUCGCGCCUCUACGGCGCCAACUCGUCAGUCGUCGGCACCAGGGCCACGGAUUACUUCAGUGACGAGAACACGGGAGGCUGCUCCGUCAUGUGA